UGGCCGGGCCAAAGAGCGACAUCCGAUGGCGGUGACCGACACUCUGGAGAUGCUGAGAGCAAUGUAAAGCCAAAUAAAGAAAGCAGGGAGCUGACAAAAAAGAAGGAACAUGUAGAAUAUGUAAACAGAUCCGCCUAGUGGAGAGGCGAACACUGGACUGACACGAGCGGCAGGAGAAGAGCGUUUCAGCGGGACUAGGGGAGCUUCACAUCGCCUGACGUACCUAGUAGUGAGGGGGUCCUGAACAUCGGAAGAAGUAGCGAGGGAGAAUGCGCCGUGAGGCUGUCAUGUAAGUCAUCUCCUAAGGGGCCAGCUCUCGGCGUACACCGCUUCCUGCCUCAGGUAGAAGUGUUCAGUGUUCCUGCUGCCGAGGCGCCAGGCGGCACACGCUCCUCUACUAGAAGGAGACGCAGCUUUGCAACAGCACAGAAAUGGAGAAGAGUUGCUCAGAGUGCUCAGAGACAACGCUAGCACAGAGCUUGUGCACAUUGUGCAACAAGUGGUUGUGUUACCAGUGCACAGAUGUGCACCAGCACCCAAGAGCGCCAGUGAUGUCCCAAUACACAGACCUGCAUGACCAGCAGAGGCCAGAGCUGCAGCAGAGAGGCUCAGGCUCCCUUCCUACAACUGGGCCAGGCGCAGGGUCGUAUCCUUGUUCCCUCCUCAUGUGCCACUCACAUGGACAGCAGCCCCUGGAGCUGUUUUGUGAGUCAUGUGACCUCCUGUGCUGCAGCAGCUGUCACCUGUCCUCACACAAAACCCACAGGGUGGUGCAGAUUGGGAAGGCUCUCCAGGAUCAGCGGUGGUUGUUUGAAAGCCUGAUGGUACAGGUGGAAGAGAGGAGGUCUGCAGUGGAGAACAACGCGAAGCAGAUAGAAGAUAGGGUUCAUGGAGUCAAGAUUGCACACCGGAAGGCGGAAAACCAGAUUAAAAUGGCAAAGAUGAUUAUGAUGAAUGAGCUUAACAAACGAGCUAACCUAUUAAUAGAGCAACUAGAGAAAAUCUCUGAGGACUUUCAGCAGCGUCUGGAGGACCAGCUGCAGGGGGCGAUAGAGACAUGUGGCCAGCUGGACCAUGUGCAGAAAUUCAUCAAUUGGGCUACAACCCACCAUUGCAGGGGCCCUGUGCUCUUCAGCAGGAGAAUGAUUUCUCUGCAAAUCCAACAGUUGCUUGACUCAUCACUGCAGUCUGAUACUUGGAGUCCUGUCAAAAUCAAGUUCAACUGGGAUGCAAGCUACUGGACCAAGCAGAUGUCUUCAUUAGGCCAGCUGACUGUAGAGGGUGGAAGCUGUCUCUACCCUCAGGGCUUGGCCUGCUCCACUGUUCUCAGGCCCCAGCCUAUCACAUGCUUGGCUCUGCCGCCCAUUUGCCAUAGAGGACGAGAUUCAGCCUGCGGGUACCAGAUGUGCUGUGAGCCCCAGGUGUGUUGCCUGCAUGGCAUCUCUUCUCAGUCAGACCUGGACAAGAGCCAGCUAGGCGCUCCACUCUACAACUCAAGCUAUGUUCCCCCUGCCGUUGUCCCUACUUCUCGGGUGCCGAGUCAGCAGUUGCAGAGGUGUUGGGACUCAAACGACUCCUCUGCCUUGCAAACAUCUUCACAAUGCCCUUCGCCUUCAACUGUCCCCAUCAAGGGACCCAUCCAGAUUAAUUGUGGUCAUGCACCACAAGCAAGUGCAUCCCAGUCUCUGCCUGAAUCUCAUCUCUAUCACCAUCACCAGAGAGGUUCUGUUCCAGUCAGCCAUAGCCAGCUGAGUGCAGACCACCAGAGGUCACGCCAGAGCCAAAUCCAUGACAUGUGUCCGCGCAAAUUAUCAAGCAGCACAACUGUGCAGGAGGUGCUCGGUGAUGCAGCUGUUGACCAAGACGUCACGGCUGAGGAGAGCUGGGAGGAGCAAUGCAGAGUGGAGGAGAGUUGUGAACAAAGAGCCGUUGCUGAACACGAGGAGCCUCUGCCCAACAGAAGCCAGCCAAGUCCUGUUCAAGACCAACGGAACUCCCAGGAUGCUCCAGAAGGAGAGCAGAGAAAAGAGCAGCAAAGGGCCAGCCCUGGACAGACACUACGAGGUCAAACAAAUACCCGGAGAUCCACAUCCCUGGAGGUGUCUGUGACAGCCAACAAUUGUGGCUCUGAUGUGCAGCUGUGCAGGCUCAGCCCGAGUUCAGUGUGUACAAGUGGGAAGCAGCGUUCCCAGAGCAUCCCUGCCGAGCUAACAGCAUCACCUGGUGGCUCUUAUUCUGAAAGGCCAACAGGAUCUACUCACAGCCCUGAAGCUGAAGCUGCAAAUAUGUAUGCCAGUGCAGACCCCAGGCAGAGAAGAGCUUCAGAUGGUGUGCUUUGCAUUGUCAAGGAAACCUCAGCCGACAUCGUCGUUACCAGGAGCCGUCAGUUUCCGUCGCUGUCCUAUAAAACAGAGCCAGAUCCUUCUUAUGUAAAUGAUGAGGCUCGUUAUGAUUCCAAGGAAAAAUGCAUCGUUUCAAGAAACAGUCACAACAGCUGCAGAGAUGCUGAACGAGACUCUGGAAGAGCCAGAGUUCCAGUAGUUUGCCUAGAGCGCCUGAAAGUUCUCAUCUCUCAACUUCCUCCACAUGGACGACGGCAGAGUGACCCUUUGCCCGCAAGCACGACGGACAAGAGGGAAACUUUGCUGCAUGCAACACAAAAGGGGGUGUCUAGAGGCCCUGAGACCACAAAGACCCAGUCAGUUGCAGUGUCCCUUUGUACAGACAAACAUCACUUGCUCACAGCUGACAGUGAGUGGGAUCCUUGUGCACGGGCUAGCUCUCCUAAAGCAUCCAUGCUGACAUCUGCUGACCCUCAGCACAGUCACUCUACACUUGAUCUUGACUCUGACUCUGAUCCCAGGUCAGUCUCAGAAGAAGCUGUUGUCUUUCAAAUCGACUCGCAACUCGACUCGGAUACAUCACCAGAGUUUUCAUCUGAGGCUGAACUGGACGGUCCAGGCAAGGAGAAUCAAGCUCUGACAUGCUGCGAAGGAACUGGCUUUGUGGGGGAUUCUGAGCCUAGUCUUGAAUGUGAUGUAGACCCGGAAUCAGCUUUGGAAGCUGGAUCAGAUGACGGUCAUGGAGGACGGGAUGUUGAUGCAGAGUCAGGUGCUGCAGACACAGAAUCAGAUGCCCAACCAGAAUUUGACCCCAUAGUCCAGGCAGAAACAGACUCAGAUCUUAUGUCUGAUCAACAUCUGGACUCUCAAGGCUCUGUGGAGUCUGAACUUGACAUAGAGUCGGAGCACGAACAGACAACUGAUGACCCACAACCUCUCCGCUCGGACUUAGAAGAAGAGUCCCCAAUUGGACCUGGUCAGAGGCCACUUCUGAUUGCAAACCCUGUCUUGCCAAGGAGGGCAGAAGAAGUCGAGGAGAACACAGAAAUUGAGAGCGAAGACUUCUGUGCGGUGUGUCUGAUUGGCGGGGAGCUUUUAUGCUGCGAUCAUUGUCCAAAGGUGUUCCAUCUGUCGUGUCACAUCCCACCUCUGAUACGGUUCCCUACAGGUGACUGGCUGUGCAGCCUGUGUAGAGAUGUUGUGCAGCCAGAGGUUGAGUAUGACUGCGAGAGCAGAAGAACAUCAGGCGAGCACACAUCAGUUCAUGGCUUGUCUGCGUGUGAUCAGAGAAAAUGUGAGAGACUAACCCUCCUGAUCCUCAGUAACAUGCUGAGUGCUCCCUUCCAUGAGCCUGUCAGUCCACUUGCUCGUCAUUACUAUCAAAUCAUCAAGAAACCCAUUGACCUGUCUGUGAUCCGAGCCAAACUCAGCAAGAGGAGCACACAACAUUACAACUCACCUGACCAGUUUGUGGCUGACAUCUAUCUCAUGUUCCACAACUGUGCAAAGUUCAACUAUCCUGAUUCGGAGGUGGCGCAAGCAGGCCGCAGCCUAGAGGCCUUUUUUGCCACCAAGCUGGAAGAAGUUUUCCCAGGCAGAGUUUUCCCAGUGCUUGAGAUGGACAGUGAUAGUGAUGAGUAUGACGAGGCCUACCGAGCAGCAGACGGUGGAUUCCCCUGGCCAGAGAGGAGGGAGCAGUGCCACAGGAAAAGGAAGAGAAGACAGUCGCUUAAGUCGAGAAGACACCACUUCUAACUUGUUUUUUAAGUUGGAUAUUUUUGUUGACGGAUGUUUGUGUUUUUAUGAGGCUCUGCUGCCUCUUGCCCAAGAUUUGGGAUGGGAUCUGCGUAAGGAUUGCAUGUUCUCCCUGUGCUUGCAUGGGUUCUCCCCGGGUACUCCGGCUUUCUCCCACAGUCCGAAAACAUUUAUGUUGGGAUAACUGAAGGCCGUAGGUGAAUGAUUGUCUAUCUCUGUGCCAUCUCUGUGAUUUGACUGAUCAGUACGCUGUCGCUCACCGUUAUGCCCCUUUUCCACUGCAUGGUACCCACUCAGACUACCAAGGCUCUACGCACAAUUGUAGCGUUUCUACAACUACCAGGUAAUAGUAGGUACUGUUGUAGAUGUUCUAUAUAGUAGGUGUUCCAGGCAUGCAAGUCCAACUGUAUGGGUGAAGUAAACUACUGCUGGGUACUCAUUGGUCAAACAGACUUGUCAACGUCACAUCACUCUAAUACUUUAGGCUGCAUGGCUAGAAAUGACAAAAAUACACACACAGUAACUUUAGUUUACCCCGUUGUUGUGCCUUAGCUUUCCACGCUUCAGAUUAUACUCUACAGUCUCCACUUUGUUGCAGUGGCCCACCUUGCUGUCCUCGAUCUCCUCUUAAAUAAUGUGUCUCUUCGUCAUAGCCAACAGCCACAUUCUCCUCUAUUGUUGUUUGUUAGUCUCUUGUCUUGAUGUGUUUCAUGCAUUGUGGUUGUUGCAGUUUUCCACAACUACUAACAUGGUACUACUGUAUUGUGGAAUGGAAAACCAACCUCCUUAAAAUAAGGAGUGUAGCCUGAGUAGAGCCAGUACUGCGCAGAGGAGAACGGGCAUAAGUCAGCUGGGAUAGGCUUCAGCUUUGGGGUGAACACGGUAAGACGUAUAACAACAGAUGGAAGUAACAAGACCACUCGAGACUGCAGAUUUACACAUGAAAUAUUGGUCACUUGCGAAGUAAUCGAGAGGCUUCAAAGAGAUGGGAUUUUUUUUUUUAAUGUGAUGGGACAAUCCUUGGGAGAAUACCUACUGAUCCUAACAUAUACAGUAGAUAUAGUAACUAUAACAAAUGUACCAGGAGGUUACACUAAUAAAAAAAACAUCAACAUAAGGUUGCAGUCUGCAAUAAAAUCAUAGUACUGCCGUGCGAUGGCAGGCAAUAUAGCAACAGCUAAACUGACAUGGAACGCUGAGGACACAAUAGGCAAAAAGCAAACAUUUACUGUAUAGUUAGUUUUACGACAUGUUAAAAGAUGUAUUUUAAAGCACAAUUGUAACUACAUAUCAUAGUUUGCCCCUGGAUGCACUAAAAAUCACCUGCCUAUAUCUACCUGGCGUGAUACUUUGAGGUUUGCUUUUAUGUACAAGAAUGCUGCAGUUGUAUGUUUGCAAAAACGUGUCUUCAGAGUGAACAGCUUAUCUUUCAUUCAUUACAGCACUUUGAUAUAUCGCAUUUACUGCCUGAAGAAAUGCCCGCCAUGAUGUAAGUGUACUUGUAAAACUGUAAGCAACGUUGUCUUAUUCAGAUUGCCAGUUACAGUACUUGUUUUAAUAAUUACUUAAUGAUUGUAAGCAACUGUCAGAAAUGUUUUUGGUGUUGUUGUGUAUAUAGCCGUCAGUCUUCUGUUGACCAGAACACAGUUGAUUAUGAGUUAUUUGUAGCAUACUAUGCUCAGUGGUAUACAAAUUCUAUAAAGUAUAUUUACUCAAAUGGUGGCCUGCGCUCUAAUCAACGGCCCAAUUACGUUAUGGACCCCAAUAUAAGACGGACCUGCCUAUAGGAUGACCAAUCUUUUUAGAAAAUAGAUGGCUAUAUUUGUGGUAAAUCAUUUUGUAAUAUAUAAUUAUUUAGUAUUAUAAACAUGUAUUGUACAGUUAAACAGCCUCCACAAUAAAGACUGGAUCCUCUCUGUAGUUGAGUAAAAAGCCACUAUAUGAGGAAAUAUGAUUUUAUUAGUAAUGCGUUUAAAUAUUAAGUUGUUGUCUUCUGUAUUCAAAUGUUUUGGUUUCUUCUGUUGCAGAAAAAAAAGGUUUGCCCAGUGACCUAAGUAUCUCAGGCCCAGGAUAAGUUACUGAUUUUGUUCAAUACUGAUGAGCAGUAACACUAAAUGUGUAUGUCACUCUCUGGUGCAUUUCCAUGUUUUACACAAGUCAUUAGUAACUGUAGUGCAUUUACUUUUUAUGUGUUAACUGUAAUAGAUGCAGCUUUACACUAUAUACCUGUAUUACAAAAUAUUACCAGUGUGCUCCAUCAGUAUUAGUAGCCUACUGUAUAUAAAAGUGAAAGUGACAUGUUUACUCUUGUAUGAAGACAUGGUACAAGCUAUGACAAUACUAAUGCUUGGGCCUAAUUACCAUCA